UAAUUAGAAUUACAAAUUUAGAACACAAAAAAAACUUUAUGUUAUAUUUCCCGUUCAUAGAAUCAAACUCAAUUUGAAGUUCUUUUCACAACCGGCCGUCCGGCGAUUGUGCUCCGAGCUCCGGCAUUGCGGUCCCCCAAUUUGUUCUCUUCAUAUUUACAACUUCAUUGCACGAUUUCUGCAUCUGAAUCUUUCUCUGAAGGAGGAUCAAUAUGUCGCUUCAACGGCUCCGGGAUCCGGUUUCUCUUCUCCGAGCUCGGCUCCGAGCUUUCUAUUCGUCUUCACCUACCUCCUCCAGAUACAUUUCUCGGUGUAGCACUUGGAAUGUACAAAGGUUUUCUGUUGCUGGUGAUGGCCCCCUCUUUAGGCCUGUGUCUUUUUCUCUUUUCACUGGAGCUUGUGGUCGAACAUUGCAUUUAGAGCAGCCAGUUAGUAUCAGGUUUUUCUCAUCCACAGAUUCUUCACAUGCGGUCCUUGAAAUGCCAGCAUUAUCGCCUACAAUGAAUCAAGGUAAUAUUGCCAAAUGGAGGAAAAAAGAAGGGGAUAAGAUAGCAGUUGGCGAUGUCCUGUGUGAAAUUGAAACUGACAAAGCUACUCUUGAGUUUGAAAGUCUCGAGGAGGGAUUCUUGGCUAAAAUAUUGGUUCCCGAAGGUUCAAAAGACGUACCAGUUGGACAGCCCAUUGCAAUCACGGUUGAGGAUCCAGAUGAUAUCCAUAGGGUCUCUGCCGAUGAUGUAUCAGGUGCAUCUGUUAUUAAAGAUGAUACGGUAGGGGGUCAAGAGGACAAAAAUGAGGAUGGGGCACAAGCAAGUUCUGUGGAGAUAAACCCAUCGAAACUUCCCCCUCAUAUUAUACUUGGGAUGCCAGCUUUAUCUCCAACUAUGAACCAAGGUAACAUUGCUAAUUGGAGAAAGAAAGAGGGAGACAAGAUCGAGGUGGGUGAUGUAAUAUGCGAGAUAGAGACAGACAAGGCCACCCUUGAAUUUGAAAGUCUUGAAGAAGGGUAUUUGGCCAAGAAACUAGCACCUGAAGGCUCAAAGGACGUGGCAGUUGGAAAACCGAUUGCAGUUACAGUUGAAGAUCCUGCAGAUAUUGAAUCUGUAAAAAAUGCUGUUAGUAGUAGUGUGGGGAUUAAAGAGGACAAAGCUACCCACAGUACUACUAGAAAGGACGUUGGAACAUCAAAAGGAGGUAGUGUUGCAAGAAUAAGCCCUGCUGCUAAGUUGCUAAUUGCGGAACAUGGUCUGGAUGCAUCAUCAUUGAAGGCAUCAGGGUCUCAUGGCACACUGUUGAAAGGGGAUGUUCUGGCUGCCAUUAAAUCAGGGAAAGGCUUGUCUUCUUUGUCCAAAGAGAAAAGCUCACCUGGCGUCCGUGCACAGGCUUCUUCCACAGCCUCAUCGGAAUCAAAAUCUCCAAUAAAGCAAUCUGAUCCUUUUGAAGAUUUACCUAAUAGUCAAAUUCGCAAGGUGAUUGCUAAAAGAUUAUUGGAGUCGAAACAAAAUACACCACAUCUAUAUUUGUCCACAGAUGUUAUAUUGGAUCCUCUUCUUUCAUUUAGAAAAGAUCUUAAAGAGAAGCAUGAUGUCAAAGUUUCCGUGAAUGAUAUUGUCAUCAAAGCCGUAGCAGUUGCUCUAAGAAACGUGCCUGGAGCAAAUGCUUAUUGGGACAAUGAGAAGGGGGAAGUUGUUUUUUGCGACUCUAUUGACAUAUCAAUUGCAGUUGCUACUGAGAAGGGUUUAAUGACUCCAAUCGUGAGGAAUGCUGAUCAGAAGACUGUAUCAAUGAUUUCUUCGGAGGUCAAGGAGUUAGCUGAGAAGGCCCGUGCAGGGAAGCUCAAACCAGAUGAAUUCCAAGGAGGCAGUUUCAGCAUUUCAAAUCUAGGAAUGUUCCCAGUGGAUCAUUUUUGUGCUAUAAUAAACCCUCCGCAGGCUGGAAUUCUUGCUGUAGGUAGAGGCAACAAAGUUGUUGAGCCAGUAACUGGAAAUGAUGGAACUGAGAGACCUGUUGUCGUCAACAAAAUGAAUUUGACAUUGUCUGCCGAUCAUCGUGUUUUUGAUGGAAAAGUCGGAGGUGAAUUCUUCUCAGCAUUACAAGCAAACUUCAGCAAUAUCCAGAGACUGCUACUGUAAUGUGAUCGAGAUUUCGAAACCUUAUUUUUAUUCCGGAAAAUGUGAAAGUAUCCCUUUGAUUUUGGGAUUGAACAAUUCAUAUGCAGCUGUUGCCUCUUUCCAACAGCAAAAAGUUUUCAAGAGAACCAAACUUUAAGGUGCCAUUACAAAGCAACCUAGGAAUAAUGGUGUAUAAAAGCAUGAGUCCUGUCAUUUUUUUUUCAAUAAUUGCUUUUUCUUCAAACAAAAUUUUGAAUCAUUUUGAUCACUCCAUCCUAUUUGUGGUAAUAAAAGAAAUUGGCCAUUUGAUUGCCA